AUGUAUAUAAAGAUGGCCACGUUAGCAAACGGACAACCAGACAAUACCAGCCUGAGUAGCAAUCACAGCAACCCCAGCACCAACGGGCAUAUGAACGGAUUAAACCAUAGUCCCGGAAACCCAUCCACCAUCCCAAUGAAGGACCACGAUGCCAUUAAGCUCUUUAUUGGGCAGAUCCCCCGUAACCUGGACGAGAAAGACCUCAAACCGCUCUUCGAGGAGUUCGGGAAGAUCUAUGAACUGACGGUGCUGAAGGACAGGUUCACUGGCAUGCACAAAGGCUGUGCCUUCCUAACAUACUGCGAAAGGGAGUCUGCUCUAAAGGCCCAGAGUGCACUGCAUGAACAAAAGACACUGCCAGGGAUGAACAGACCAAUCCAGGUGAAACCAGCAGACAGCGAAAGCCGAGGAGGUAGUUCCUGCUUAAGAAGCCCUCCUUCUUACAGAAAACUCUUUGUGGGCAUGCUCAAUAAGCAGCAGUCAGAAGAUGAUGUGCGCAGGCUAUUUGAGGCAUUUGGCAACAUCGAGGAGUGCACAAUCCUUCGGGGACCUGAUGGCAACAGCAAAGGGUGUGCAUUUGUGAAAUACUCUUCACAUGCGGAGGCCCAAGCAGCCAUCAAUGCCUUGCAUGGCAGCCAGACAAUGCCGGGAGCCUCUUCAAGCCUGGUGGUGAAGUUUGCAGAUACAGACAAGGAGCGUACGAUGAGACGCAUGCAGCAAAUGGCAGGACAAAUGGGCAUGUUCAACCCCAUGGCCAUCCAGUUUGGAGCGUAUGGCGCCUAUGCACAGGCACUGAUGCAGCAGCAAGCCGCAAUCAUGGCGUCGGUGGCGCAGGGCGGCUACCUGAACCCCAUGGCAGCCUUUGCCGCAGCCCAGAUGCAGCAGAUGGCAGCUCUGAACAUGAACGGCCUGGCGGCCACCCCCAUGACACCAACCUCAGGUGGAAGCACGCCUCCUGGCAUAACUGCACCAGCUGUGCCUAGCAUCCCAUCUCCAAUUGGGGUGAAUGGUUUCACUGGCCUCCCUCCGCAGGCUAAUGGGCAGCCUGCUGCAGAAGCUGUGUUUGCUAAUGGCAUCCACCCUUACCCAGCACAGAGCCCCACUGCAGCAGACCCCUUGCAGCAAGCCUACGCUGGAGUGCAGCAGUACGCAGGUCCUGCUUAUCCUGCUGCUUAUGGCCAGAUUAGCCAAGCGUUCCCACAGCCGCCUCCCAUGAUCCCACAGCAACAGAGAGAAGGACCAGAGGGCUGUAACCUGUUUAUCUACCAUCUGCCCCAGGAGUUUGGGGAUGCUGAGCUGAUGCAGAUGUUCCUGCCUUUCGGUAAUGUCAUCUCCUCGAAAGUGUUUGUGGAUCGGGCGACAAACCAAAGUAAAUGCUUUGGUUUUGUGAGUUUUGACAAUCCUGCCAGUGCCCAAGCUGCUAUCCAGGCUAUGAACGGCUUCCAGAUUGGAAUGAAGAGGCUGAAGGUGCAGCUGAAGAGGCCAAAGGAUGCUAAUCGUCCCUACUGA